GGCGGACGCGCCAUAGGGUGGGCGACGGCUAGCGCAUCACACCCCUCUCCUUAACACCUAUACGAGUAUGCCGGCCGACUCCUCCUUCGACCAGCUGCUCGGGCGGCUCGAGGGCGUCAAGACAGUUCUCGUGUGCGAUCCGGAGGGCGCCAUCCUGCUGUGCGCGGGCGACGCCUCCUGCGAGCCCAGGCUGCAGCGGCUAUCGGCGACGUACUCGCAGACCGCCGACCACACCAGCAAGCUCGGGCUCGGAAAGAGCCGGCACAUGACCGCGUUCUGCGACGACUGCGCGGUGGUGCACGCGAGCUGCUCGCCCAUCGUGCUCAGCCUAUUGGUGCACGCGGGGGCGGACGUCGCACCGAUCCUAGACGCGCUGCCCGAGCUGGUUGAGUCGCUGGCGCCGCUGCAGCAGGCGGUCGAGAGGCUGCUCUCGCAAAACAGUCGCGACUGAGGGUUGUCAGCAGGAGCAGGCGCGGGCCGG